AUGAAGGGAGGCGUGCUGUGGCGGUUGGCAUAUGCUAUGCGUAGCCGCAAAAGGCUUUCCAUCGUGCACUGUUGCAUGACUCGCUAUUGUCUGGCCUCCGUUCUGAUAGUGUGGCUAUUCGUGGCCUUUUGCCUUGUUUUUAUACCCCGCUUCAGCUGGUCUAACAAACGGUUGCGGGCGUUCCCUGUCGUCGUCACGAAGCACCUAGAUCGCGUUACGGACCCCGUCAACGAGCUUGUCGCCGCCUCACUGAAGCAGCUGCACCACGGCACCUACCUUGUGACCAGCCUGUUGAAUGACGGGUCUGGGGAGGCCAUCAAGUUUGUGUUCAAGACGGAGUGUCGACCUGCGUCACGGUGGCAUGGCCAGCAGGGAUGGAGCGAAGUCGCUGUGCAUCACUUUCAACGGCUUUUCUACGGGAACGAUGAUGUGCCUUAUCCGAGAGCUGAACUCGCCAGGGGUGUGGUGGUUGCCAUCACCGAGCGGCAGCUGCGCCGGGUCGUGCACAAGGACCAGUGUGGGGUGCUCAGGGAUAACACCACGACGCAGGUGCUGGAAAACUUAAUGAAGGGUAAAAAGCUUCUGCGUGGGGCUCAACGGGGUGUCGUGGGAAGUUAUCCAGCGGCGACCAUCUUGAUGAUUGGGGUUGCCUUGACGUGGCGGGAGGGGUACGGAGAUGACAAUUACCCCUCCUCGGAGCUCUACGCCCCCUACUUUACCGUCCCUCCAUAUAAUCCUGAUAUAAAGCAGGAAUUUGUUCAUCGCUUUGUCGUGUAUGAGAUGUCCGAUGUCAUGGUAUUUGACUACCUCUUGUUAAAUCCAGACCGCGCCUUCAAUAAGAAUUGGUUCCGGGAUACGGCGACGCAGCUGCAUUCGGCGCUACUGGAUAAUGGUUGGGCCUUUGCGGGGGAGCGGUUUGGGUCCUCCGUAUGCGAAGUGGAAAGCGGACUUCUGCGCUGCCCCUCCCCCUUGCUCACAUGGAGCAGCGAAACGCCAAGCGUAUGGCGGUGUCUUUCCCGGGACGCGGCGAAGGCGGCCGCUGAAGACGAGGCUCCGCCAGACACUCGCCAGCCUGGCCUGCUGAAAUGGUGCCGCUUUCGACCUGAGACGUUCCGUGCACUCAACCGAACAAGGUUGCAGUGGCGCAAUGGCCAGAAUGAGAAAGGGUCUCUCUCGCAACAGUGGGUGGAAACGAUAAGGUCAGACAUCCUUCUGGCAUUCUUGUUGGAGGCCUAUGGUUUGCAGACAUCAAUAAAAGGUUUUAAUCAAGCUCUUUCACGUUACGUGCGUGGGUGUCCUUCGUCUUCAGUUCACGCAACCACCGGGGAGGAUGUAGCCUCGUUGAAAAUCCUGCACGCACUGGAGGUUGGACUGCUGCAUCGCAUGGACAGGUUGGCUGCCCACGUGAGCAAGUGCCUGCAAAAGCAUGGUGAAGCCUACGUCUACGCAUACGAUCUCGAGGAGUGA